GCCUGGAAAAAGAAAAAGCUGGGAUAAAGAUGGCGGAGAAAUAAGUUGAGGAGCUUCAUCGUUAUUGUCCUGUAAAGAAUUCGGUCGCUUGUCGAUUAAAGGUCGGAAAACACAGCGAAUAAUUACAGCGAGGUGUAAAACAGUCACCAUGUCUCAGAGUAAAAGUGGAUACGUCCCAUUUGUGGACAGCAGCUCACCCCCGGGGCCGCAGGGUUACAUGCACGAACAGCCGAACCCCGUCGGAUUCGUCCUGCCUCCGCCGGACUAUAACGGGAUGCCUGGAGUCCCGGGAGCACCUGGAGCACCCGGUGAAAUUCUCUUUUCUCCUCCGGGAGCCUUUAUGCAUCCGAUGUACGGUCAGGGGGGGCCCGGAUUUCCACAGGCUCCUUUCCCUCAAGCGGCUCCCUAUAACCCAGCGCCUCCCAAUCCGACCCUGAAUCCGGCUCCAAAUCCGACUCCAUACCAGUACACUCCAGAUACGUCCGACAACUUUUACCAAACUGACGAGCCUCCCCCGGGGUACAAUAACGAGGACAUCACAAUCUCAGGCUUCGAUGAUAAAGCAGUGAGACGAGCGUUCAUCCGCAAGGUUUUCCUGGUUCUCACCGUGCAGCUCAUCGUCACCUUCUCGGCCGUCGCUCUGUUCACCUUUGAGCCCAACAUCAAGACGUUUGUGAGGGAGAACACCUGGACCUACUACAUCUCCUAUAUCAUCUUCCUCGUUCCACUCAUCGCUAUCAGCUGCUGCGGAGAAUUUCGCCGCAAGCACCCGUGGAACCUGAUCGCCUUGUCGGUGUUGACUCUGAGCAUGUCAUACAUGACCGGGAUGAUCGCCAGCUUCUACGACACGGACGCCGUCGUCAUGGCCGUCGGCAUCACCGUGGUGGUCUGCUUCACCGUGGUGAUCUUCUCCCUGCAGAGUAAAUACGACUUCACUUCCUGUGCCGGCGUCCUGUUCGUGUGUGUGAUCAUCCUCUUCAUCUUCGGGAUCCUCUGCAUCUUCAUCCGUAACAGAAUCCUGCACAUCGUGUACGCCUCACUGGGCGCGCUGGUCUUCACCUGCUUCUUGGCCGUGGACACACAGCUGCUUCUGGGAAACAAGAAACUGUCUCUGAGUCCCGAGGAGUACGUGUUCGGAGCGCUGAACCUUUACCUGGACAUCAUCAACAUCUUCCUGUACAUCCUACAAAUCAUCGGCCGAAGCCGCAACUAACGCAGCCGGCGGCGUAAACGUGCACCUUUUAGACGUCUUUCUGUCUUUAAUAUCUUCAAUGUUAAAUCUGGCUGUUUUAUCCACACAUCUGUAAAAACAUUCGUAAAUACAUCGUGAAACAUUAUCAUUAUUAUUAUUAUUAUUAUUGUUGUUGUUAUUAGAAAUACAGCUCCACUUUUACUCCACACAGUCAGUCCAGUUUAGCAACGUUCGCUAACAUGAAAUUGUAGAGUAAAGCCUCGAGUUUAGCACGAUGCACUAAAUCUGCAUCAUUCAAAGCUCGUGUGGAGAAACUAAGAUAGCUAGACUUUCUUUUUCCUUUUUUUUCUUCACCACUAGUUUUAUUACGGUUUCGUCAUCGUUUCCUGUUGCAGUGCUGCUGUUCCUGUAAAUACACACCGAAUCUGUUUAGUUCAUUUUUGUUGUGAUAUUCUGCAUUUAUUACUCCUUUCCCGAGGCGAGCAGUUGGCCGUAAGUGUGUAACCUUAUAUUAAUAGACGUGUAAUUAUCGUGUGAUUGUUUUUUUUUCUUUUGUUUUUGAUUAACACAUAGACUUUUAGUUUUAUUAAAGGUUCUUAUAUCAGUCAUUGAUUAGUUCAUCGCUGUAAUUCUGAACAAUACAUAAAAAAAAAAAAAUCUGUAUUUUUCAAUCAAUGUGUGUCUGAUAAAAGAAUAAAAACUUUUUCCCGGUGA